AUGGAGGAGUUCAUCGUGAUCUCGGACGACAGCGGCUCUGAGAGCCCCAGCGGACCCCGCUCGGGCCGGGCGCGGAGGAUCCGCCGGGCCCUAUCCCGGACCCCCGGCGCGCUGCCCCGCCGGACCGUGGACUUUAUCGACUUAACUAGAGAAACCAGACCAAGGGCAAAGGAUCAUAUUGGACUCUGUGUGAUCGACCUGACAAGAAGUGAGGAAGAAAAUAGGCCAAUUGCCACUCUUGACUUGACUCUAGAACCUGUUGCUCCUUCCCAGAAGGAGCCAACCAGUCUUCAGACAUGUGCCAACCUCUCCAGCAAAGAGGUGAUCGAAGGGCAGGUGGACCAAAACUCUCGGCCUGUCAUGCGGAGAAUUGUUAACAACGAUCCUGUGGAUUUGGACCUGUUGGAAGAGACCACAUUUGAAGACCCCCAACCCCCUACAUCCAUCAGUCAGGACUCUGUUUAUCCAGCAGAGCCCAAUUGUAGCUCAACAGCAUUCAAAGGUGACCUUGGCUUCUUGGCAAGCCUACAACUAACUUCAGAUGUUCACUCCCUCUCCCCAACAAGCAAUAAUGGUAGCAGCCGCAAUCAAAGGGCACCCUUGCCGUGCCCACAGCAAGAUGUGCCUUGCCCACCACAAGCCUUGCCAUGCCCACUGCAAGCCUCGCCAUGCCCACGAGCCUCACCAUGUCCUCCACGAGCCUCCUCAUGCCCACCACGAGCCUUGUCGUGCCCUCUACAAACCAUGCAGAGCCAACCACAAGCCUUGCCUCACCCACCUCAAGAAGUGCCAUGCCCUCCUCAAGAUGUGCCCUGCCCACCUCAAGACUCUCUGGGCCUACCUCAAGAUGUACCAGGCCCACCUCAAAACAUAUCAUAUUCACAAAAUGUGGCACAAUUGCGAGACAUGCCACAGUCACUGCGAGAUGUGCCACGGUCACAAGCAGACAUGCCACAUUCACCUGGAGAUAUGCCACUGUCACCUGAAGACAUUCCACAUUCCCCUGGAGACAUACCACUGUCACCGGAAGACAUGCCACAUUCACCUGGAGAUGUACCGCUGUCACCUAAAGAUGUGCCACACUUACCACAAGACAAGCCUGAUUCACCCCAGAAUGAUGUACAGAACCAUGACACUCCUAUGGAUAUCUCAGUUCCAUCCUCUCGGAGCUGCUCUCCAGAGUUUCCCUUAGAGCAAGUUCCUUGGCUCUCUGUCCUGGAAACCCCAUCCAGAAAAGAGAUAUCAGUGUCAGAGCCUGCCAAGCCUGGGUCUGCCCAGGUACAAGCACGAACACCACAAGGCACGCUGCACAACAGACCAUGCCUGCAUAGACUGAAGUACUUCUUACGCCCUCCAGUGCAUCACCUCUUCUUCCAGACACUAAUACCAGAUAAAGACACAAGAGAGAACAAGGGUCGAAAAGUAGAACCCAUCCCACAUCGAAGACUAAGAAUGGUGACAAAUACAAUUGAAGAAAAUUUUCCCCUGGGGACUAUGCAGUUUUUGAUGGACUUUGUGUCACCUCAGCAUUACCCACCCAGAGAAAUCGUGGCUCACAUCAUCCAGAAAAUCCUGCUGAGUGACUCGGAGACCGUGGAUGUUCUAAAGGAGGCCUACGUGCUCCUUAUGAAAAUUCAACAGCUGCAUCCAGCCAAUGCUAAGACAGUGGAGUGGGACUGGAAGCUUCUCACCUAUAUCAUGGAGGAAGAGGGACAAAAUCUGCCAGGCCGAGUCCUUUUUCUGCGUUAUGUAGUACAGACCCUGGAAGAUGACUUCCAGCAGAUCCUGAGGAGGCAACGCCAGCACUUGCAGCAAUCCAUUGCAAGCACUGUGCUGUCCUGUGACAAGCAGCCCCACAAUGUCAGAGAUGUGAUCAAGUGGCUGGUCAAAGUAGUAACUGAAGAUGAAUUGACUCAGCCCCCAAAUGGAAAUCAGACCUCUUCAGAAACGGGAAUCUUGAAAGCCAGCAGUAGCCAGCCUUCCCCACAAGCCGACUUGACAAAGAACACCAAUCAGCUGAUUGUCUGCCAGCUGCAGAGGAUGCUGUCCAUAGCCGUGGAGGUGGACAGGACCCCCACCUGCAGCUCUAAUAAAAUUGCUGAGAUGAUGUUUGGGUUUGUGCUGGACAUUCCUGAGAGGAGUCAGAGAGAGAUGUUCUUUACUACCAUGGAGAGCCACCUUUUGCGCUGCAAAGUGUUAGAAAUCAUCUUCCUCCACAGCUGUGAGACGCCCACCCGCCUGCCCUUAUCUCUGGCCCAGGCCCUCUACUUUCUGAACAAUUCCACCUCACUGCUCAAAUGUCAGUCGGAUAAAACCCAGUGGCAGACUUGGGAUGAGCUGAUUGAGCACCUACAGUUUCUGUUGUCCAGUUACCAGCAUGUUUUAAGAGAGCACUUACGGAGUUCAGUGAUCGAUCGAAAAGACUUAAUAAUCAAAAGGAUUAAGCCCAAGCCCCAGCAAGGAGAUGACAUCACAGCGGUGGAUGUGGAGAAACAAAUUGAGGCCUUCCGCUGCCGCCUGAUCCAGAUGCUGGGGGAGCCCCUGGUCCCACAGCUCCAAGACAAAGUGCACUUGUUGAAGCUCCUGCUCUUCUAUGCCGCAGACUUGAACCCUGACGACGAGCCCUCUCCAAACACCUGGAGCGGCCCCUAAGGUCCAUCUGAGCACUGAAC